AUGGCCAAUAAAAUUACACGUGAAAAUAUUGGAAGCCCAAACGCACCAUUCUAUACCCCACCAUCAGGAACUUUAGUCAAAACUACCCAAUCUAAUGGCGUCAUUUCAAAAAUCCCAUCAUUAUUUACAUCGUUAAAAAUUCGUGGUAUAACCUUACCAAAUAGGAUAGCUUUAUCCCCAAUGUGCAUGUAUUGCGCGGCGGGAGAUGGUACCUUGACAGAUUGGCAUUUAGUACAUCUAGGUCAAUUUGCCCUGAGAGGUGCGGGGUUAAUUAUGGUAGAAGCUACGGCCGUGACACCUGAAGGUAGAUUAAGUCCACAAGAUUCGGGAUUAUGGAAAGAUGAACAAAUUGCUCCAUUGAAAAGGAUCGUAGAUUUUGUUCAUUCUCAAGGUGUUAAAAUUGGUAUACAACUAGCUCAUGGAGGUAGAAAAUCUUCUACGAUAGCUCCUUUUAUUAAUGCAAAGGCUUAUGAAAAUAAUAAAAUUACAUUUCCUCAGUUGUUACCUGAAGAAUUUGGUGGAUGGCCAAACGAUGUGUUUGGACCUUCACCUGUUCAAUGGGAUGCUGAGCAUGCUAAUCCAAAAGAGUUGACUAUAGAACAAAUUCACAUGAUUCAAGAAGCUUUUGUUGCAGCUGCUAAACGUGCCGAAAAGGCGGGAUUUGAUAUAGUAGAAUUACAUUACGCUCAUGGUUACCUUGCUCAUGAAUUUUUUUCUCCUAUUUCUAAUAAACGUACAGACAAAUAUGGAGGUUCAUUUGAAAAUCGUGUUAGAUUUGGGUUGGAAACCGCAAAAAAGGUUCGGGAGAUUUGGUCAGAGGAUAAACCUUUAUUUGUUAGAAUUUCUGCUACAGAUUUAGUUGAAGAUGAUGAGGAAGAUAGUUGGGAAAUAAAACAAUCCGUUGAAUUAUCCAAAUUAUUUAAAGAUCUCGGUGUUGAUUUAAUUGACGUCUCUUCCGGUGGUAAUACCCCUAAACAAAAAUUGCUUCUUAAAGAACUUUACCAAGUUCCUUUUGCUGAAGAGAUUAAGAAAAAUGUUGAUAUUAAUGUUGCGGCCGUUGGUAAAAUUAAUGAUCCUAAACUUGCCAACGGUAUUGUGGAAAAUGGUCAAGCUGAUUUGGUAUUUAUAGGAAGAGGUUAUUUGGCUGAUGGUAAUUGGGCUAUAAGGGCCGCUAAAGAAUUAGGCGUAAUUAUCCAAACUCCUGUGCAAUAUCAUUACGUGAUCAAGAAUAUGAUGAAACUUUGA